GAACCAUCGACUGCUGUUGGCUUCGGCAAACCCCCACUGUUGGUUUUAGGUAGUGCGCUCAGCCAUCCUACGCAAUCUUCGAUGCCCUACCAGAGACUACAGUUGAGCGAAGAGAUGGUCGGCGCAGACUUGAUACCCUCUUUAAUUGUGUGAAUUUGGCCGUGAAGGAUUUCCUCUUUUCUUGUUCGGGUUCUCUUCUCACUAACCGAUUCCCAAUUGAUGGGCGGUUACCUCUUUGCGGUCCCUGAUCGAAGCUUCCCUUUGGGUUUUUGUCAGCUGCAGCUAAUAACAUCGGGUCAGCGCCGUCCCACGGCAAGCCAUAUUUUCCAACAUCCACAUCGAUCUGAGCCUAUCUUGUUUUGGACAAGGACAAGGAGAGAUCUGGGCGCUUGCUAGCUGGACUGCUGCCGCCCAUGGCUUCGACAUCGGCUGAUGUAUCUGACGGGGUGAGCGACAACGUUAUACGCCCCCGGCCCCGUAAGCCAAUCCACUCCCAACUGUCGCAUAUCAGCAACAUUUCCGAGAUCAGCGGCUUUCUCGAUGCUCCCGAAAAUGGACACGCCACCGGCACGACUAGCGGCCGCUCGACACCCGUACCGCUCGAUGCCCCACCCUCUGUCAAGUCCAUUUCGACGGUGCGGAAGCAAGUGCGCGCGGAGCAGCGCCGCCGCCUCUUCCCAACCAUCGAGUUCGCGAGUCGCGUAUCUCACUUCGAUCCAAAUAGCGAUUAUCGCGAUUUUCAUGGCUUCUUCAACCUGUUCUGGAUUGGCCUGGCCAUCAUGGCCAUAACCAGCAUGUUGCGCAACAUCAAAGAUACGGGCCAUCCUCUCCGGGUCCAGAUAUGGGGCCUCUUCACUUUCAAGCUCUGGCACCUGGCCAUCGCUGAUUUUCUCAUGGUUGCCAGCACUGCCGUCGCGCUGCCGAUGCACAGGGCUUUCCGCUCCGCCCCCGCCGGUGGUGCCUGGACAUGGGCGAAGGGCGGUACAGCCAUAAUGAGCAUAUACCAGGUAGCCUGGCUGGCUCUCUGGAUAGCCGUCCCAUUUCUCUUGGACUGGGGCUGGACUGCCCAAGUGUUCCUGCUACUUCACACCAUGGUGCUGCUCAUGAAGAUGCACUCGUACGCCUUCUACAACGGCCAUCUCAGCGAGACCGAAAAGCGCCUGCACGCUCUUGACGACCCAUUGACGGCCUCACGCGCACCGGCCUACCUCUACCCGACCUCGGAGAAUCCCAUGGGCACAGUAGCCAGCCCUAAGAGGGCUGAAGCCCGCGGGAAGGGUGAUGGGGAUGGUCCGGAAAGUGACGAGAUUGCGCAGUUGCGAGAGGAUCUAGCCCGCGAGCUAACGAGCCCUAUGGGUAACGUCACAUACCCGGCCAACCUAACAUGGUCGAAUUACCUCGACUACCUGUGCUGCCCGACUCUUUGCUACGAACUCGAGUACCCGCGCACCGAGGCCAUUGACUGGCAGAAUCUCGUGUCCAAGAUAGCCGCCACAUUUGGCUGCAUCUUUUUGCUCACGGUCAUCUCAGAGGAAUUCAUCCUUCCGGCUUUGUUUGAUGCAUCCCAGCGAUUAGACCCGACAUUUCGAACGGCAGAGUCUCCUUUGACUGCGCUGGAAGCGCUACUCGUUCUCGCCGAGACCAUUUCGUGGCUGCUAUUUCCAUUCAUGUUGACGUUUCUGCUUGUCUUUCUCGUCAUCUUUGAAUAUGUUCUCGGCGCGUUCGCCGAGAUUACCCAUUUUGCGGACCGCCACUUCUACAGCGAUUGGUGGAACAGCACCGACUGGAUGGAGUUUUCACGCGAGUGGAAUAUACCCGUCUACAGUUUCCUGCGCCGCCAUGUGUAUAGCGCCAGCCGUCCGCACAUUGGCAAGGCAAAUGCGACCGUUAUCACCUUUCUUAUUAGCGCCAUCGGUCACGAGAUCGUUCUGGCCUGUAUCACGAAGAAGCUGCGUGGCUAUGGUUUCAUUUGCCAGAUGCUCCAGCUUCCCAUAGUCAUGCUACAGCGCACUCGUUUAGUACGGGGCAAGAAAACCCUAAACAACGUGUGUUUUUGGUGUAGCAUGAUUCUGGGGCUGAGCGUGGUAAGUAGCCCUUGUUCUCUCGUGCUGCAAUUCUACGGAGGUAAUCUAACCACACUGUCUGUUUGGCUAUAGAUUUGUUCGCUCUACGUGCUUGUAUGACAUGCUGCCAAAUAGGUCAGCGUUCACGCUGCGAACUUCAAGGUCGAAAAGACCAGACGACAAAAUC